AUAUUUUGCCGUCAAAAUAACAGCUGAUUGUCAAAUUGCCAUAACCUAAAAGUUUUUCUGUAAAUUAGGGUUUAUUACACUAUUUUGAAGUUUUCUCUUAUUUAAUGAAUUAAACUCUUAUAUUUGAGGUGUUAUAUGUUUAUGGACUCAAACUUCUGAACAACUGGGCUACUUAAAUUAAGUUUUAAUGAUUUAGAGGUUAUGUAAUAAACUUUUAAAUUAUUCUUAUAAAAUGUCUCAAAGCACUGAAAAUGCUACAGAUACUGAACCAAAAGUUACGGAAGAAAAUAGUAAAGCAGACGAAGUUAUUAUUGAAGAUAAAUGGCUGAUAAGAGACUGCAGUUUAUAUGAGGACGAAUAUGACGAAUGCACCAGCUUUAGAGGGAGGUUCCACCAGUAUUUUAUUUACGGCCGCACGUUAGAUUGUAAUCAGUGGAAGAGAGACCAUGAUAAUUGCUGCAAAUGGGUCAAUAAGAAGGAUGUGAAAGCUGCUGAAGCAGUGAUAAACAGUGAAAAGGCGAGGCGAAUGGAAAGAUUAAGGGCUCACUACAGAAACGACACCUGGAAGAAACGUGACGCGCCUCCUGAAGACUGGGCAAAGCCCCUACCAGAGUGGAUGGUCAAAAGGGACGAGAACACCUUAUUAGCAAUAAAAGCAAAAGAAAUCAGAGAAGGAAAAGACGAAAAAGUUGAAAAAAGCUUCUGUUCCAUCAUGUGAUACAAGUAGUGUUCAAUUAUGUGUUAGUUUAAAGGUACUUUAAAUUAAA